UUUCUUGGGCCAUUACAACGAACUUCUGAACAGGGAGAAGGAGACCGACAGAAGUGUCUUCUUUCUCUUCAUCUUCAAUACCUUCAGUGAAGCACAGUAGUAAGUUCCUAGAUCACUCGACUGCACCGAGAUGAUGUUUAGUACGGUCAUACGCUCUUUGUUUUCAGGACUAAGAAUCAUUUCACCACCGGCUCUGAACCAGACAUGAUUUCCACCUUUAACCGGACAUUCCACCUUCAAAGGUUUAUCAAUCGUAGCCUUUAUGGUCUUCACUUCUUCGGGUUCAUAAUGGAAAGUCUCAUAGACAGGUACUUUAGUGUUGGAUUUGACUUGUUUUUGAACUGCAAAGGUAGUUUUGGAAACGAGGCUAUUGGUUUUGGGUUCAAACACUCUGCAAACAUAGGCGAACGCUCUAGCAUCUUUGCUGAGGCUGUCGAUAGGUAAAGCAAGAACGGGAGGUGGAGAAUUCUCUUGUAGCACAACCCGUAAGAGUUCUUGGUCUUGCAUGUUGGAGAAGAUAAGAACAUCGCCAGAUACUGCUUGAUAGAGGGGACAUCGCAGUUCGAGGAGGGGAUCGUUACUGUUCAGACGCAUGUUAACUUGGUAGAAAUGCGGAAGAGAAGAACAUUUUGGAAUAAGAAGAAGAGUUAG